AAGAAAAGAAAAAGAAAUACGUCUCCGUUAAAACGGCCAAAAAUCCUCCGUAGGCCCUCCCAGACCUGAUUAGGGUUUCAAGCCCGACCCGCCAAAAUCCUCUCUACCAAACCCCCUACCUUACAGUUCCUCACAGGACUGCCUCCGUAUGAAUCGGAUCCGAUCCGAACCAAAAUUGAGUUUCCGGCCGGAUUAACCUCCCCCAGCUUCGCCGCCGACAAUGGCGUCGAAGGCUUCGCCUUCCGCUUCUGCCAAUAGAUCGGAGCUUCACGACGACCCGCCGAUGACGAGAUCACAAGAAAACAUGGAUGUAACCCGGAAGGAGAUUUCAUUGCUCAUAGAAAAUCUAAAGACGCAAGUUGUUUUUAACCGGGCUACUUCUAUAAAGAAAAGAAUGGAGGAAAACAGGCAGAAGUUGGCUGGUGUCACCAACAACAUGUAUAAACUGUCAACGGAAAGAGCAAGUAGUAGGUUAACUGAUGCUGGUAGAAGUUUAGAUCUAUUGACAAAGAGGCAAAAAGAUGCAUUUGCCUUGCAAAAUGGAAUUGAAUUGAGCAAUGGGAGCAACGAUAGCUCUCAAGAAGAUGGUCAUGGGUCCACAGCAGUUCUACUUGAAUCUAAUGUAGCAGUCAAGAGUUCUGUUCGUCCUAUCAAGCUUCUGGAAGUUAAAAGACUACCUCCUUAUACUACAUGGAUAUUUUUGGACAGAAACCAAAGAAUGACAGAAGAUCAGUCAGUGGUAGGUCGAAGAAGAAUUUAUUAUGAUCAAAAUGGAGGUGAAGCUCUUAUAUGUAGUGAUAGUGAGGAGGAAGCAGUUGAUGAAGAAGAGGAAAAAAGGGAUUUUGUUGAAUCUGAAGACUUUAUACUUCGCUCGGCUAUAAAAGAAGUUGGCUUCCCUGAUCCAGUGCUGGAGUCAUUAGCACAGUGUUUCUCUAGAAGUCCAUCUGAAGUCAAGGCAAGAUAUGAUACUCUCGUAAAGGAAGAGGAGGCUUCGGGGGGUUGUAAGAGCAGGGAUACUGAAGACAUUUCACAAAUUGGGAAUUCUUUUAUUGAUAAAGAUCUGGAUGCAGCUCUGGAUUCAUUUGACAACCUAUUUUGUCGUCGCUGCCUAGUAUUUGAUUGCAGAUUACAUGGAUGUUCACAGGAUCUUGUCUUUCCUGUUGAGAAACAACCUCCAUGGAGUCCCCCGGAUGACGAAAAAGUAUCAUGCGGUCCGAAUUGCUAUAGAUCAGUACUGAAGUCUGAAAGAAUUGCUAGAGUGAGCUCUGGUGAUCUUGAAGAAAAAAAGGUCACAUCAUUCGAUGGUGCUAGUGCUCAAAUAUCAACCAGAAAGAAAUCUUCUAGAAAGAAGGCAAAGUCCGGGCAAAGUGAAAGUGCUUCAUCUAAUGCUAAAAACAUCUCAGAAAGCAGUGCUUCAGAGAAUGGAUCCAGGCAGGAUACUGAUAACCAUCAUCAAUCACCCACAAAGACUAAGCUAGCAGGAAAAAGUGGAAUUCGUAAGAGGAAUAGCAAGAGAGUUGCAGAGCGUGUUCUAAUUUGCAUGCAGAAGAGGCAGAAGAAAAUGGUGGUUUCUGAUUCCGAUUCCAUUGUUAAUGCUGGUCUCUGUUCAAGUGAUAUGAAGCUUAGAUCUAAUUCAUGCAAAGAUAAUGAAGACACUAGUUCUUCUUCACAAAAGAAUCUGAAAUCUUCUACCAGUGGAGGGUUUAGGAGGAGGGAAUCACCUGCUAAGGGCAGCAACAAAGUUGUUCAGGGUGAAUCUCCUGAUGGUGCACUGGAUGAGAUGAUCGCUGAUCCACCUGCUACAAGUAGUGAUGACAAUUUGAGGAGAGAAGAAUGUGUUGAUGAAAACAUAUAUAAACAAGAAUUAAGUGAUGAUAAAACAUGGAAAACUAUUGAGAAGGGCCUUUUUGAGAAAGGCAUAGAGAUAUUUGGCAGCAACAGCUGCUUAAUAGCAAGGAACCUUUUAAAUGGAAUGAAAACGUGUUGGGAGGUUUUUCAGUAUAUGAAUUACUCAGAGAGUAAGAUAUCCUGCCAAGCAGGUGAUGCUGCAAACUCCCUUGUUGAAGGGUAUUCCAAGGGCAAUAAUGAAGCAAGAAGGAGAUCAAAAUUUUUACGUAGAAGGGGUAGAGUUCGUCGUUUGAAGUAUACUUGGAAAUCUGCGGCUUACCACUCAAUCAGGAAACGAAUUACUGAGAGAAAAGAUCAGCCUUGCAGGCAGUAUAAUCCAUGUACUUGCCAAACAGCUUGUGGAAAGCAGUGUUCUUGUCUACAAAACGGGACUUGUUGCGAGAAGUACUGUGGGUGUCCAAAGACUUGCAAGAAUAGAUUUAGAGGUUGUCAUUGUGCUAAAAGUCAAUGCCGAAGCCGUCAGUGUCCUUGUUUUGCUGCAGACAGGGAAUGUGAUCCGGAUGUUUGUCGGAAUUGCUGGGUUAGUUGUGGAGAUGGUACCCUUGGGGUUCCAAGCCAAAGAGGUGACAAUUAUGAGUGUAGAAAUAUGAAGCUUCUUCUGAAACAACAACAAAGGGUCUUACUUGGAAGGUCUGACGUAUCUGGCUGGGGUGCUUUCUUAAAGAAUAGUGUCGCCAAACAUGAAUACCUUGGUGAGUAUACUGGGGAGUUGAUCUCACACCGCGAAGCAGAUAAGCGUGGAAAAAUAUAUGACCGUGAAAAUUCAUCAUUUCUCUUCAAUCUGAACGAUCAGUUUGUCCUUGAUGCUUAUCGGAAGGGUGACAAACUGAAGUUUGCCAACCACUCUCCAGAUCCAAAUUGCUAUGCGAAGGUCAUUAUGGUCGCCGGAGAUCACAGGGUGGGCAUAUUUGCCAAGGAACGAAUUGCUGCAGGAGAGGAACUUUUCUAUGAUUAUCGCUAUGAGCCGGACAGAGCUCCCGCUUGGGCCCGGAAGCCCGAGGCAUCCGGGUCAAAAAAGGACGACGGUGCUCCUUCAAGUGGUCGUGCAAAGAAGCUUGCUUAACCCGAAGAUUAAUUUGAAUCUUUAGAUUUACGAUUCUUUCUUUGGCCAUUCUUUUAGAGUUAGAGAAGAUGCAUCGUUCUCAUUGACCACAGAGAUGUAUUCUUCGUCAUUUUGUUGGAGAGAGAGGCCAUUGCCUUCUCAAAACAGACAUUGAAUAAUAUUUUCUAACAAUUCAUGCUUAUUCCAAAAGCUAAUUUUAUUUUACUAGAAACAUGUUUGAAAUUUCCA